UACCGCCGGAAGUGUGUUUUUUUAAUUCCGGCUGACUUGACGUUGCUUAGUUCUCGUUCGGCUUUAGCUUGAACUUCAUGUGCCAAACUCCUGACCGCCGAGUCUUAAAAGAUCAUGAGAAGGUUUGGGCAGCGGACAGCACGAAAGGAAGAUAUGUAUGGCGGCUUGAAAGUUAACCCGAGUUACAGAGAAACGGUCAUAAAAACUCGUUGGUUUCUUUCCCUUUGAGGUCGAACCUAGCUAGUAGGACCAACAACUUCUGCCCGAGCGCCAGUCGUUGCUGGAGCGGGGAGACAACGGAGAUCGGCGCUUAAAGAAGCAUAAAAACAGUAGGGUUUUUACAUUUUACGGACUUGAAGUAGUUAUUUAUUUCGCCACAAUGCUCAAGGUUUGCCUACAGAGAGCUCUCCGACCGGCUGUACAGAAGUUGCCGUCGGUUCUGAGGCAGGCACCAGCGGCGGCGGUGACAGCGCCGAGGCUGGGGAUAGGGCGGCACACACCGAGCUGCUGUUUGGGAACGCAUCUGAGAAACGAGCCGAAUGAGCCGCUCAACUCCCCCAAGAGAGCCAAAGAGUUUAUUUACCGCCUCCAGCCGAAGGAGAGGACGUGUUUACUGAAGGAGCUGCAGAGUUUCGAGUCCAUAGCCAUUGCUCAAGAGACUUUGGAGCCCUCGCCGCCGACUGCAGCCCAGAUCAGAUAUGUUUUGUUCCACAACGCCCUCCCCUUUGUUGGAUUUGGUUUCCUUGAUAAUGCCAUCAUGAUUGCAGCAGGAACACAGAUUGAACUCUCCAUCGGAGUCACUCUGGGGAUCUCCACCAUGGCUGCUGCCGCUCUGGGGAACCUGGUUUCAGAUUUGGCAGGUCUCGGUCUUGCAGGUUAUGUGGAGUCUCUGGCUUCCAAACUGGGGAUGCAGGUUCCAGAUCUGACGCCCAAACAGGUGGACAUGUGGCAGACCAGGCUCAGCUCUCACAUGGGUAAAGCCAUCGGGGUGUCCAUUGGCUGUAUUUUGGGGAUGUUCCCACUGUUUUUUCUGGGCGAUGAUGACGAGAAGGAGAAAGAAGCACAGCCCUGCAGUGGCAUAGACUCGCACUCAUCCUAACGAGCCACUACAGCUACACAACACCGUACCACCUACAGACUGGAUACUGCUGAUGUCAACUUGAAAACCCCCCCCCAAGUAUUUACAGUUGGAUGUUUCUCUGUGCUCUGGCAGUGUUCACACUUUCUUAGUCUCUAAAGCAGUUUUUGUUAACUUCACUGGCUUAUGAUUAUAUUUAGCUCCAUCACAACUUCAGCUCUUUUUAGCUUCUUCUGAUGCACCAAGCUGUGGUAUUUUCACACUGUCUGCUGCAUCAAGACAUGUCGUCUGUUAAUUCAGUAUGUCAAUUGAAUGGGAGGUCUCACUCAUUUAAAUUCACUCAUUUUAAAUUUUGACGAGGGAUAUCAGUCAUCAUCGAUUCUUCAUUUUAAUCCCAUUCUUUCUGGACUCCAUUAUCGACCCGUUUCAUAGAUUGUUGUUUAUUUAAAGCUGAACAGCAGCUGCUUUGGCCAAAAGUGACAAACACAAGAUUCUCUCGAGUCAGCUGCUUUAAAGGCGUCAUUAUUAGGCAACAUGUUUCCCGGUGAGGUGUGGUGUGUUUACUUCUUGUUUUACCAAGGAGAUGUUUCUCUGUGACAUUUUUAUACGUAGUGUAACAGUAGCACAAGUAGAGAAGAGUCAUAAAGUUAGCAAACUGACUCAGUAAUGUCAGUUACACAGCAAUAUUUGUUUAUUUAUACAUUUAUAACAUUGAGGUGCAUCAGUGUAAAUGCGCCGGGGUUCACUCAACAGCUAAGUUGCCCCAAUGGUCCCUACACAAAAACACUGACAAUGGGAUAAAAAACAGUAUGCAUAGUAAAGCUGUAAAGAAAAUAAGAGAGAAAAAAUACACUUUAGGAAAUAUAUCAGACCACUGUAUUUUAAACAAACAGUUCAAUCUGACAAGUAUAAAACACUAUAAACUAGUCAAUCUGUAAAGUUAUAAAUAUCCAUAAAUACCUAUUUAAAGUUUUUUAACAUCAGCUAAAAUUCACACCCACUUCACGCUGUGAUUGGUCAGCUGUAGGAGGUGAGAAAGGAGCCAGAGCUUGAACUUCUUUCUCUAGCUCUCUUUUUUUCAUUCUUACACAACUAUUUCUGUGACUCUUUAUGUGAACAACCGAGUGCAACACUAUGAAUGUCUUCCAGGAGAGACCAUAUGAAAAUGUGCGCCGUUAUAUCCAUAUUUAAACAUCACGUCUCCCCCCUCUCUAUGAUGGCCGCCUUCGAGUGUGGCUGUUAGGAACAACUACUUUUUGAUUUCCGACGUGGUCUGACACGUUCUGAUCGAGGGAAAACCGUUGGAUUGGUACAGCCCUAACGAAUGCAUAACCUUACUGGUGCUUUUGCCACUCUUGCCUAAAAUCAGUAUUUUGCAUGUGUUGCCUUUUCAACCAUCUAGUUUUCAAAAAUUUGACCACAUGUUUUGCACAUCUUUUCUUUUCUGCUGUGGCUCAACAGUCCCGGGCGUUGAUAACAGAUCGAUUCGGGACUGUUGAGCUGUGUUGAAGCUAAAUUAUUCUUAGAAAUUAGACGAUUUGGUUGUCAGUGGAAACCAAUCUUGGAUUUCAUUAAAAAUUUGGACACAGCACAAAUGCCUGUUGUGAACGCUGCCUAAGUAGCUCCCAGGAUGGGAAGUGCUCACCUGUCUCAACACCUUCAGACAACAGUUGUGAUUUGGAUUCUUCCUCUUCCCAAAUAUCAGCUUGAGCUGCUGAUUACAACAGGGUAUUACACAUCUGCUUCUUUCCCACAGGCGGGGUGUGAAUCCAAAAAUCCAGUUUCUAAUUUCACUGUUUACAAGCCACCAGUAUAGAAACUUCCAGGUGAGACCGGUGGUCGUUUCCUAUCCUGACAGUGGAAACACAAACCGUACAUAUACUGACCGACUGGAACACUAUUUCACAUGUUUGACAGAUUGUUGUUUUUUGUUUUUUUUAACUUAAUAGAAAGAACUGCACAUUAAUUAUUUGGUUAUUUUUCUUCAGCAGACACUUACAUCUGACCCAAAAUGAACACUAUUUGUUCAUUUUGGGUCAAAAACAACAAAUGUUUCUCAUUACUUCAUCUGAAACUGAGCAGACUUUUUAGUGACAAAUAUACAGUCACUGCACUUGAGUUUCCGCAGUUAGGGUCUUGUGCAUCUUUAAACGUUUACCAAAAAAAACCCCAAACUAUGUAAAUAAAAAGAAAAGAAACAGUGUCCACUGCUACCUCGAUGGGAAUAUUUUAGGUGUUUUGCAUGAAGAACUGAUGUAGCUCUAUAAUCAGACUUUUUAUUUCCAUAUCAGAUGGUUUUUAAUAUGCUUCAAAUUCUUCAAAUGUUAUGUAUGGGUUGAUUAACUAAGGAGGUGCUCAGUGGCAGCAGUUGCUAUUUUUUGUUUUGGGCUUUACACUGAUGUUUGCUUUCCAAGGUCUUUCUGUAUCUCUGUGUUUUUCUGUCUGCACCAUAUUUUUCUUUUCUCUUUUUCACUCCUUUCUCUCUCACAGACACUUGACUUGGAUCUAGCCAUCUGUGUAAUUAGUUUUUUAGCUUGCGUUUCAUCAGACUUAAAGCUCAAGAUGUUUGGGAUUUGCCACACACUCCAGCUUUCAGCACAUAUUCAAGGUGCUUUUUGUCAUUAUCAUGAAUUCAUUUGAUCCUUUUCUCCUGUAGAGUCACCGGCCGCAUCCAAAAUCACCCCUAUUGACUAUUUAUUUGUGUCCAAAUUAGUUCAACUUACAAUGAUAUAAAAUGGUAAAUCCUCACAUUUUAGAAGCUGGAACUAGAGAAUUUUUGCCAUUUUUGGUAUAAAAAAUUGACUCAUCGACUAAACGUUUCAGUACUGGUCUGAAUUCUCCAUGUAACAUUUGUGUAUUAUAUAGUGCUCUUUAAAAUUUCCCACAAUGCAACGAAACAAAGUAGUGUUUAUGACACUUAUUUCUGCCACCACACUACUACUGCUCACCAUGGAGUAGGGAUGUACGCUAAAUUAUUGGUCGAUAAAUGAGAAAAUUAAAUUAUAUGUGUUAAGUGUUAUUGUUCUGAUAAUGGAAUUUCAUACGGUGCCUUUUUACGAUUUUUACCUAAUUACAUGUUAAGGAGAGGCGGCCGUUAAUUAGCUUACAUAUUUAAAGAAUAAGCUAAAGUUAUAUUGCUACACACAAGUUUACAACAAUUCAAUCUAUUGUUUCCUCUACAGAGAGCAAAAGGUCUCUAAACAUUGGUGGUGGGGAAAAUAAACUGCUCAAUAUAAAAAGCUAGCCGCUUGUCCUCUUCACAUCUCUGCAGUUGAAGAGUAACAUUAUCUGUUAUCAUAUCAGCUCUGAAGUUCCAUAUCAGCACAGAGUUAUAUGGGAAAUAGUGACUGAAGGAGUGAUUGAGACAUGAUCACUCUGUUUUCACUUAAUUCUCUCCAGUAAUGUCACACCUGGUUUUCACAAGAGCAUAUCCACUUUAUUUUCUGCACAGGUCAUAUAAUGUAUGCAAGGAGAACAGAGCUAUUUCCAUGCCUUGAAAAGUUUGAAAAUUGCCAAAAACUUGAGGGAAAAUAUUGUAAUAAUGAUUGAUUUUGCUGGUUUUAAAUCCCGUAGAUUCUAAUAUUUGCUGCAGGGAGGAGAAACAUGAAUCUUGAUGGGGACACUGUGAGCUGAGCUCUCAGCACAGAUCGUACCACAUCCUCCAAUCAAAAGGAAUUAAAGGCUGGGGAAAAAAGUUUGUAAACAGCCGAGUUCAGAUUGACUGGUGGCAGAAAUGUCUGAACAAUAUUUUAAUGAGUGUUUGGACUCGGCUGCAGAAGAUAUUUAAGUUUGUUAUUGGAUUAACUGUAAAAUCCUCAAAGGGAAUUUAGAUUUUUUUAUUAAAUAUUUUUUUUGUCUCAUUGGGAGAGAGAUUUCUUGUGUUAAUGAGGAGAACAAGGAGCAAUAUACCAUCUGUUUGAAUCAUUUGGUAAAUUUGUCAAUAAGGAGAAACUAAUUAAGUAAUAAUAAAUGAUAUGUUGUUUUUAGGAUGCUGUUUGUUACCGUGGACAACCUGGACUUGUAUGUUUUGUAUCGUCAUGUUUAUAUCAUGUUUGUGUAUUUUUUUUCUAAGAGGAUGAAGGUUUUCUGCAGGCCUGAGUGGUGAGCAGAUUAUUUGUUUUUAUUUCUCUCUACUCUGAUAUUUUUGCAUAAUUUCCUUCUCUGAAGAAAAAAUGAGAAAAGAGAAGAAAGGUCUUGAAGCAUAUGAACAAAAUUAUGUAAUCUCAUUGAUGUCAAUUAAAGGAAUGCUGUGUUGUGCUGCCAUCUUGUGGACAGUCCUGAACAGCAGCAGCUGUUGUGCACUGAUACAUGUAUGUACUCUAAAACCAGUGAUGUCGAAGGAUUGAAUAUACAGUACGUAUGUAUUUUGCAAUAUAAUGUGCAAUUUAAAAUAACAUAAUAAAUCUGGAAGUGUUUA